AGAAGAAUACAUGCGACACCAACGAUAUGAUAAUGCAUUUCCUUCUCAUUUAAAACUUUCCCCCCAAAAAACUCAAGUGGACUUUAAUACCCUGCCUAUUGUGUCGGUGCAGUUAGGACGGCUUGCAUGUGACCGACGAGCGGCGAGAAAACAGUCCCGUCUCACCACGCAGGAGGCUGGGAUUUAAUUUGACGCUGGCUUCUAGAACCUCAGGUAUGAAUACAAGCUCCUGUAAUUCAAUUAAAGUGGCUGGAUGAAGGCGUCGUCAUGCCGUUUUGACCUCGUCGGGAAAGACGAUGGGGACCUUUUAAUUAGCUCUACAGUCUCCCCUGGAGGUGUUUUUUUUCUUUUUAUUCCACCCGUCGUCUGCCAUUUCCAGCCGCAAGAACUUAACUCCCAAGAACGACUGAUGAUCAUGGUCAAGUAAUGUAUUGGAUUGUUUUGUUUUUUUCCAUCCAUUACCACACAACAGGAUGUCCAGAAUUGAAACACAGUUUGAUGGAGCCUCAUAGGAGCUGUUGCAGUACAAAAACCUGCAAAUAUUUUGUCUUUUUGUUGUUUAAUUUCGCAAACAAGCAUCAUCGGUUCAUUUGAUUAGCGUCAAAAGUUUGUUCUGGCCUCUUGAAAUAUUAUUAGUAACAUUCUAAAGGGCUAAAAUUGAUCAAUUCUGAAAUGAUUUGCCACUGAAUGAAACUGUCAUCAUGCAGUGGCUGAUUUGGGCAUUGCGUCAGAAAAAAUGGCAUCACACAGGACUGCACAUGUGGACAUCAAGUGGGCUAAUGGACUAGUCAAAUAGUUUCCUUGACGACGGACGUGUCCCUUAUCCAAUCACCGCGCGGUUCAGUAGUUUGCCUUUUUCUCGAAGCUUUGGCAAUACAACAUGGCGUCCCCCCAACGUCAACAACUGCUUCCUCACAACACGGAGGUGAGCUGCGACUCCAGCGGCGAGGGCGUCUCGGUGAAGAUCGGCGGCAGCGUCAAACACAAGCACGGAGGCGGACCGUUGGGCUUCACGGCAGGGUCCAAACACUGCAAGUACAGCAUCUCCUCCAGCUGUAGCUCCGGGGAGUCGGCGGUCAAGAGGACGUUGGUCAGGAACUUCCGCUCGCAAAAGCGGCUCCCUCAGCUUUUUGAGAGGUCCGCCGGUCACUUCUGGGAUCCUAAGUUUGACUCGUCCAUUCUGGAGGAAGCGUGCAGAGAACGGAGUUUCCCUCAGAUCCAACGGCGUUUUCGCUACGUGCUCUUUUACCUGUCCGCCGCGGCUCUUCUCUGGGGAUUUUACUUCGCUGCUAACCCAUCCCGUUGCAACAAGAUUGUCUUUCUUAUCCCGACUAUGUCCUUUCUUCUCUUCUGCUUUCUCCUCUUCCUUCUAACUUUGACCAAGUUGUACUCUCACUGCUACAAUCAAGUGUCUCUGUUGCUCAUUGUUGUCACCUUCAUGCUAACCCUAGCACCUCAGAUCCAGACGUCAAGCUUCAGAGAUCCAGAGACUGAUUUGUUAGAUGUGGAUAACUUCAGCAGUUCUACACAAAACCUGUCCUACCUAAAGAGUGUCGAGGGUAGCACCUGCGUCUCAGCUGUUGGAACCUUCUCGCUCUGUAUCGAGGUUCUCCUGUUGCUCUACAGUGUUCUUCACGUUCGUCUCUUUGCUUCCGUCCUACUCGGGUUGCUCUAUUCCGUCUGUUUCGAGAUUUUGGGUUGGUUCCAUCUCACCCAGACUGAGGGUGGCUUGAGUUUAACACCGGAAAAUGACCUGGAUACUCUUCGAUGGUUGGGACCAGCGAAAGCCUUGCUCCACCUAUGUGUCCACGCCAUCGGCAUUCACUUGUUUAUCAUGUCUGAAGUGCGAUCACGCAGUACCUUCCUGAAGGUGGGACAAGCAAUCAUGCAUGGGAAGGAUUUAGAGGUGGAGAAAGCGUUAAAGGAGCGAAUGAUCCACUCCGUCAUGCCCAGAAUCGUAGCAGAUGAACUGAUGAAGCAGGGUGACGAGGACUUGGGUGAUAAUUCGGUGAAGAGAUACUCCACAAGCGGCGCGGCGGCUGUUAUCUCUAGCCCCAAGAAUAAUAAACGCAAGAAAACCUCCAUCCCCCGAGGUCAGAUUAUCUUUAGACCCUUCAACAUGAAAAGGAUGGAACCCGUUAGCAUCCUCUUUGCUGAUAUCGUGGGUUUUACCAAAAUGUCCGCCAAUAAAUCCGCCCACGCACUGGUGGGUCUUCUCAACGACUUGUUUGGACGUUUUGAUAGACUCUGCGAGUUGACCGGCUGUGAGAAGAUAAGCACCCUCGGGGACUGCUACUACUGCGUAGCCGGGUGUCCCGAACCUAGACCGGACCACGCGUAUUGUUGCGUGGAAAUGGGAUUAGGCAUGAUCCAGGCCAUUGAACAGUUCUGCCAGGAGAAAAGGGAGAUGGUCAACAUGAGGGUUGGCGUCCACACCGGCACUAUCCUGUGCGGGAUCCUCGGUAUGAAGCGCUUCAAGUUUGACGUCUGGUCCAACGAUGUCAACUUGGCUAAUUUAAUGGAGCAACUGGGAGUGGCCGGGAAGGUGCACCUAUCGCAAGCUACCGCUAACUUUCUGGACGACCGCUACAAGCAUGAAGAUGGGCAGGUCAUUGAGAGAAUCGGACAGAGCGUGGUGGCGGAGCAGCUAAAAGGCCUGAGGACCUACCUGAUUUCUGGACGCAAACUGGAGAAGCCACCUCCUUGUAGCUGCUCCCAGUCGGCGUUGUCGGCCUCUGAGCAUGCCGACGUGAGGUGCUGUUUGCAGGGAGCGCACCCUUCGGAUGGUACAACGUCAGCCUCAAGCCUCCCCAAGCCUCCUUGUCCAGCCUGCUGUGUGGUCAUCAUAGCAGGGGAUGACAAAGUGCAGGAAGAAGGUGACAUGACUCAUGGCUACAACGAUGACCACAAGACAAGUAACGGCAAGGACUCCUCAGGUCUGAAAGGGAUGACCGCGAACCGUGGGUCCAAGGCGCUGAAUGGCCUACUGAGUCCCAGGCUGGAACCACUGAACAACAGCCAAACGUCCCUGUGCGAGAUGCUGCAGGAGAAGGAGAAGAAGACGUGGGCCGUAGGGGCUUUAGGCAUGGACCACUCGGCGCUCAUCCCGCUGCGUUCGAAGAACUUCCGAGAGAGAAGCGACGCCCACUUUGUGGACGUCAUUAAAGGGGACAGCUUGAUGAAGGACUAUUUCUACAGACCGCCUAUUAACAAGCUGUGCCUCACUUUUCUGGAUAAAAGCCUGGAGUCCGCCUACCAGAUAAGCUAUCAGGAAGAGGUGGAGACGCAAGCAACUGCGCAGACCUUUGCCAGCCCGACAUUCAGCUCUUUCCUGGACAUGCUGCUGUGCUCAUCUGUGUUUCUGGCCUUAUCGCUAGCCUGCUUCCUUCGCCCUGUCGUCUCCCAGCUGAGUCUACCCACGCCGGCUCUCAUCGUGACCGCCGUGGCCACCUUUCUGGAGGCCCUGGCACUCUUGUUUGCAAUACACAUGGCGUUCUAUCUAGACGGCGCUCUGAAGUGUACCCGAACGCUAAUGAAAGCCGUGUCAGGUUGGAUCCCGCGUCACCUCAUGGGGGCCGUCACGGUGUCCCUGCCUGCUCUGGCUGUUUUCUCCCACGUCACCUGUGAUAUGCAUCACUCCAUUCAGUUCACCAUGUUCAUCUGCUGCGCUGUGAUCAUUGCUAUCAUUCAGUUUUGCAACUCUUGCCAGCUCAGCUACUGGAUGCGUUCAAGCUUAGCGACUUUAGUUGGACUGGCGCUUCUUUCGCUGCUCGUCACGUCUCCCUGCAGAGUUGCUGCAAAUCUUUUUUUCUGGUUGGACAAGCAGAACAACAGUACCAACAGCUCAAUAAUCCAAUUGGAGACAUCAGACGAAGCCCACUUCAAAGACCUUCUGGUCCCCGAAGCUUGCGUGGCAUUUUUUCUGCUCCUCCUCCUGGUUUGGUUCCUCAACCGCGAAUUCGAGGUGAGUUACCGGCUCCACUACCACGGCAACGUGGAAGCGGACCAGCACCGCAUCAAGAUCCAGAACAUGAGGGACCAGGCCGACUGGCUGCUCCGCAACAUCAUCCCAAUCCACGUGGCGGAGCAGCUGAAGGUGACGCAGAGCUACUCGAAGAACCACGACAACGUGGGCGUGAUUUUCGCCAGCAUCGUCAACUUCAGCGAGUUCUACGAAGAGAGCUAUGAGGGCGGCAAGGAGUGCUACCGCGUCCUCAACGAGCUGAUCGGCGACUUUGAUGAGCUGCUGCGGACGCCGGCGUUCGCCAACAUCGAGAAGAUCAAGACCAUCGGCGCCACCUACAUGGCGGCGGCGGGCCUCAAUGCUCAGCAGUGCGCUGACGCCGCCCACCCUCAUGCUCAUCUGCGUGCACUGUUUGAAUUCGCGUUGGAAAUGAUGCGCGUGGUGGACGACUUCAACAAGAACAUGCUGGGCUUCGGAUUCAAGCUCCGCAUCGGAUUCAACCACGGGCCGCUCACCGCCGGAGUCAUUGGCACCACUAAGCUGCUCUACGACAUCUGGGGCGACACGGUCAAUAUCGCCUCUCGCAUGGACACCACCGGCGUGGAGUGCCGCGUCCAGGUUAGCGAGGAAAGCUACUGCGUGCUCAGCGGCAUGGACUACGACUUCGACUACCGCGGCACUGUCAACGUCAAGGGCAAAGGACAAAUGAAGACCUUCCUUUACCCCAAAUGUGGCGACAGCGGCCCAGUCCCUCAGUACCAGCUGUCCGUGUCCCCGGAGAUCCGAGCGCAGGUGGACGGCAGCAUCGGACGCUCGCCCACUGACGAAAUAGCUAGCAUGGUGCCCGCUGCCACCAGCGGCAGCAUGGUGCCCAGCGCCAGCGCCGGAUCCUCCGCCAGAACGGGGCUCGACGGGCUUCAGUGGCGCCCGCCCGCGCAGGCCUGUCACGCCAGGCGAUCCGUGUCGCACGGAGGCCUCACGUCUUUGCACGUCAACAACCCAGAGGGACCGCCUUCGGGCGCCGGUAGGAACCGGUUAGUCGUCUCGGCGGUUGUCAAGCCCAUGAGUGCGUCCCAGACGGACAAACAUCAGGAUUCCAACAGACUUUAACUCAUUAGCUGCCAUUGAAAGUGAUCGACGAACCAGAGUUGCUUUCAAAAUGAACUUUUACGUUGGCCAGAAAGUAACUUUGCCACAUUAAUAUUAUAACUAGAGUUAUCCGAUAAUGACUUUUUAAACCAAUAACCCGAUAUUGACCUUCUCAAAAAAUCUGAUACCAUUACCGAUAUAUGUUGCCGUGGAAUUGAAAAGCGGAAGUUCAAGGUUUUUUGACAUUAGGCUUAAUCUUCGAGUUAGCAGGGGUUGAGUUAGUUGGUGGGAUUGAUUUCAACAAAUUCCGUUUCGUUUGCAAGUUAUUUGUUAGUUUCAGGGCUCCAGAGUGGCUAAGCUAGCGCGAGUCAAUGGCACUAUCAUAGCAUGCCAAUAAAAAACAACAUAUACACACAUGAAAAUCAUCAAUGACACAUGUGAUCAAUAGUGUUGGCUAUGUUUUCAGGAUAAAGUUAUUAAAACUUACCAUUGCACGUCAAAAAUUGCAGUAUGAACAGCAACAUUUGUAAUCCGGUAGCUCUGCAGCGGAGCAGGGCGGAGUGAUAUCACAUUGUUUUUUUUUCAUCGCUGAUUUAUAUUUUUCCUCGUUCUUCAUAGGGAAUUAGUGGAAAAUUUCCUUUGACCAUUUCUUCUGUAUGUUUCCACAGCCUCUAAAUCAGGGGUCGGGAACCUUUUUGGCUGAGAGAGCCCUAAACACCAAAUUUUUUUUAAUGUACCGUAAUUUCUGGACUAUUGGGCGCCCCUGAUUACAAGCUUCAUCCAGUACAUUUUUAAAGGAAAAACCAUUUUGUACAUACAUAAGCCUCUCCUGCCUAUAAGCCACGUGUGCCCACUUAGUAACAAGACACAUUGACAAAGAAAUACACAGUUUUUAAAAUUUUAAUAACACACCCUAACUUUUCGUUCCAAACAGCGCCGGCAAACACGGCAGUUAUAUAGCAGCGGCACGGAAGUUACAUAGCAUCAGCAUGGCGGUGCAGCACUAAUUGUGCUGGUUAAUAAAAACAUAAAAGUCUUUGUUAGCAAUCUUCAUCUUCCUCCUGUGCAUUCAAACCAUGGAAGUCUUCGCCCUCAGUGUCGGAUAUGAAGACGCUCAGAUGCACUUCGCCACGCACCUACUCGGUCUCUCCUUUGCUGUCGCCUUCAGUGUCUCCCAUAAUGAGGCAAAUUCACGCCCAGCCUAUGCCAUCCCCCUCGUGCUUCACGCUGCCAGGCUUCCCCGGCAAACCUGUGCAAAAGCUGCUUUUCGCAUGCGGCGAGUCUUGGCAAACGAUCUCUCGCCGCUCGUCAUCAAAGCUUCCUAUACAACUCGGAUGGCCAAUUUAAUUUCUUCUAGCAUAUUCCACGUGUCUCACUCCCACGUUCCAUGCUCGCGCGCCCCUGGCGGCCGUCAGAAAAAUACACAAAUUGGCCGCAUCAGUGCACACGCCGCAGGACCCAAAAUGAGGGGAAAAAGAAGCGGCUUGUAAUCCGGAAAUUACGGUAAUUCCGUGAGAGCCAUACAAUAUGUUUAAAACUAAAAAUGCAAGUAAUGUGUGCAUUUUAUGUAAUUUCAACACUUUUAAAGUACAAUAAGUCUCUAAAUUCCUUUUAAUAACAUUGUUAUGCUGUUGCUAAUCAAUGAUGAGUAUUUCUUACCAUUAAUGUGACUUCUGGUGCUGCAUGGUGUGUUGCUGAUGGCUUUGUGGUCUGGUUGAUACAUAGUGAGGUUAAAGCAGUAAUGUGAAGUAAGGUUGGCCAACCAUGUUUUUGAAUAAUAUCAAUGGCUAAACAGUUAUAAGCAUAUUUUCAUUUUUUUCUUUAACGCAACCCUUCCAGAUUCUUUGUUUAACCCAGGGCAACGCCCUUGACAACGAAAAUGCUUUUCUUCGGCAAUCUUCGGAAAUCUUCGGAAAUUACGUCACACCUAGAAAUGCGAGGGAAGUCCGCCAUAGAACAGUAUUGUUUGUUGCAUUGCUUCUCGGUAAGAUGCCACGGCUGUGUGUGGCGAUGUUUUGUUCUAACUCAAACGAAAAGUUGUGUGAGUGGCCAAAGGAUAGCAGGGCACGUAA